GCCGGGCUCGGGCUCGGGCGUCGCGUCGAGGUUCAGUCAUCGCCGCUCGGCAAGGCGGGGCUUGGUGGACAGGCGAGUGCGCGCGGGUGCAGGCCAAAGCCCACUGUCUUGCCUGAGUGGGUCGUCCAGGAAGACUUCGCCUCGGCCCCCCCUGGUUGAGAGACCCCCCCGGGGGGCGCGUGAGGGGUGUUUUGUCCCUGACAGGAAGGCGCGAUCUAAGAGAUUCGGAGUUCUGAUCUUGGAGCUGCACCCCUAGGCUGUGUCCGACGCGAGUUUUACGCUUCGUUAAUGAGAAGAAAAAUACUUCAAAGUUCCGGAUGUAAGGUUACGACACAGUCCAGCUCCAGUAUUUAAAAUGCAGUGUGCCGGAAGUUAGAAAGAAAUACACGCAGCCUCGCUGUGCAUGGUGUCCCUUUUGGCGGCUGACGGCAGCCGGUGAUAUGGCCGAUGCGUGUUCUCCCCACAACGACAGCAACGCCUCGCCCGGUCGCACACAGCUGCAGGUCACCGUGGUGAGCGCCCGACUUCACGGCGUGAAGCGGAGCCUCAUCGGCGGCAACCCCUACGUGGAGCUGCUGGUGGACGGGCAGGUGGACACCUCCAAGAAGACGGAGAAGCAGAGCUUCUCCCCCAACCCUCAGUGGUCCGAGCACUUCACCGUCAUGGCGGCGCCCACGAGCCGGCUGGAGUUCCGUGUGUGGGCAUACUACCCGCUCAAGAACAACUCCCUGCUGGGCCGUGCUGUCGUCGACAUCCACAAGGAGCUGCUUGAAAAUCACGGCAGACUGGAGAACGUGUGCUGCAAGCUGCCGCUGACGGCCGAGAACGGCAAGGUGCGCAGCCCGGCCGACGAGCUGGAGGUGUGCCUCGAUGCCAUGACGGUCGACAUGGCCGCCCUGUGCGUGGGCACGGACAGCGGCGACACGGAGGUGGCCGCUGCGCUGAAGAACGGGGACGUGAGCCACGCGGGAGAGGACAAAGAGCCCGACAGCUCCCCCUCCGACACGAGCCCGGAGCGUUCAUCGCAGGCGCCCCCCCCGGUCCCUACCUCCGCGCGGCCCAGACCCAAAUCCGAGGUGGACCCGUCACGAACAGGCGAGGCGUCGGGGGACAGUACCCACGCCCGCCUCUCCAUGGUGGAGUUGGGGGUGAACGGCAAUGGGGAGGCUGGGCCCUCGGGCAGCCGCAGCAACCCGCGCCCGCGCCGGCCACCGCCGCCGGCACCGCCAGCGCCGCCCCCCACCGUGCAGGCCAACGGCACCGUAGGAACGGCUGCGGUCGCAUGCGCCACAGCCGCUGCUGGCACUGUCCCUUUGCCCGCGCCUCCUUCAGCCCCCACCCCCGCGUCUUCCACGCUGCCCGACUUGCAGAGCCAGGACCAAACGCCGCUUCCGCCGGGGUGGGAGCAGCGAGCCGACCCCCAUGGCCGACUUUACUUUGUGGAUCACAACACCAAGACGACGACGUGGGAGCGGCCGCAGCCGCUACCGCCCGGCUGGGAGCGGCGUGUGGACGUGCGCGGGCGCGUGUACUACGUGGACCACAACACGCGCACCACCACGUGGCAGCGGCCCACCACCGAGUCGGUGCGCAACUUCGAGCAGUGGCAGUCGCAGCGCAACCAGCUGCAGGGAGCCAUGCAGCUCUUCAACCAGCGCUUCCUCUUCCAGACCGGAGGUUUGCCGACAGAAAACGACCCCCUGGGUGCCCUGCCCUCUGGAUGGGAGAAGCGGAUAGAGCAAGGCGGGCGCAUGUACUUCGUGAACCACAACACACGGACGACCCAGUGGGAGGACCCGCGAACGCAGGGGUACGCCGCCCAGGCCCCGACCUGCGUUCUGAGCGAGGAGCCGCUGCCCGAUGGGUGGGAGACGCGCUUCACCAACGAGGGAGUGCGCUACUUUGUGGACCACACCAUGCGCACCACCACCUUCCAGGACCCCCGGCCCGGCGCCAAAGCCGCCGGCGGGAAGGGUGAUCCCAUCGCUUACGAGAGGAGCUUCAGGUGGAAGCUCGGACAGUUCCGCUACCUCUGCCAGUCGAAUGCGCUUCCCAGCCACGUGAAGAUCAGUGUCACUCGGCAAACGCUGUUCGAAGACUCCUACAACCAGAUAAUGAACAUGAAGGCCUACGACCUCAGGAGGCGGCUCUACGUAAUUUUUCGGGGAGAGGAGGGAUUGGACUACGGGGGGCCCGCAAGGGAGUGGUUCUUCCUGCUGUCGCACGAGGUUCUCAACCCCAUGUACUGCCUGUUUGAGUACGCGGGCAAGAACAACUACUGCCUGCAGAUCAACCCAGCCUCAAGCAUCAACCCCGACCACCUCGCCUACUUCCGCUUCAUCGGCCGCUUCAUCGCCAUGGCCCUGUACCACGGCAAGUUUAUCGACACGGGCUUCUCGCUGCCCUUUUACAAACGUAUGCUUAACAAGAAGCUCACCAUCAAGGACCUGGAGUCGAUCGAUCCCGAGUUCUACAACUCCCUCAUCUGGCUCAGGGACAACAACAUCGAGGAGUGUGGCCUGGAGAUGUUCUUCUCCGUGGACAUGGAGCUGCUAGGCAAGGUCAGCUCGCACGACCUCAAGCCGGACGGCAGCGACAUCCUCGUCACGGAGGAAAACAAGGAGGAGUACAUCGGGCUCAUGACAGAGUGGCGGUUCUCGCGCGGUGUGGAGGAGCAGACCAAAGCCUUUCUGGACGGAUUCAGCGAGGUGGUGCCGCUGCAGUGGCUGCUCUACUUCGACGAGCGGGAGCUCGAGGUGAUGCUGUGCGGAAUGCAGGAGAUCGACCUCGCCGACUGGCAGCGCAGCACCAUCUACAGGCACUACAACCGUAGCAGCAAGCAGAUCUCGUGGUUCUGGCAGGUGGUGAAGGAGAUGGACAACGAGAAGCGGCUGCGGCUGCUGCAGUUUGUGACGGGGACGUGCCGCCUGCCGGUCGGUGGCUUCGCCGAGCUGAUCGGGAGCAACGGACCUCAGAAGUUCUGCAUCGAGAAGGUGGGCAAAGAGACGUGGCUGCCCCGGAGUCACACCUGCUUCAACCGGCUCGACCUGCCGCCCUACAAGAGCUACGAGCAGCUCAAGGAGAAGCUGCUGUACGCCAUCGAGGAGACCGAGGGCUUCGGACAGGAGUGACCGCCGGACUGACCGACCGCCGUUCGCCUGACCCGCUGCCCUCCGCCGCUCUCUGCCGCCCCUUCUUCCGUGCGGCACCCGAGCUCCGGCACCCCCCCCCCCCCGCUGUUUGUCUCCGCUCGCCGCCGGCGCUCGGCUCUCCGGCAUUGGGAGUUUAUUCCGAGGUGGCUUUGCGCCGUGGUCGCGGGCCACGCGUGGACCUGCGGCUCUGCUCCUGUGGGGGCGUCCGUGGAGACCGCCCGCACGGCGACUGCCUCCCGCGUGUUUAUUUUACAAGUUUUAUGGCUCCACCUCUCCUGGGGGCGGUGCGGAGUGACUGCGUCACUCCUCCGGCGCCUGCGCUUUACCCUCCCUGUCCGUCGUCACUGCGCAGAGGGUUUUUUUCUUUUGCCGAAUGGCCGAACUCAGGUCCAGACGCUCGAGAAGGUGGGGACCGCCUGCGCGAGUGAAUUCCUAGCAUUUGAUUUUAAACCCUCGAGAAACGUGUAUAUUUUUAUCGUAUUGUAUUAGUCGAAAGUAGGAAAGUCUCUUCUCUCUUUUCUACGUUGAUUCUUUCAGUGUUUCACUUAAAUUGCACACAGAGAUUUAAAAUUUCAUACAUGAAGUUUAACAUGCGUGUCGGUGACGUGCGUGCUGCGUGUGUGCGUGCGCACUGUCAUGCUCUGGUUCCGCCCUGUCCCCAUCACGCAAAGGGGGCAAGGUGAGUGGGACGUCAAUUUUUCGUAAUGGAUCUGUUUGUAAAUGAACGCUCUAGGGGCGCGUUUAUCAGCUCGCCCUAUCAACUCGCUCUUUCACACAGCUCACGGACAUCCGCUUUUGGACGUGCCUCCAUGAUGGUCCUCGGAAAUGAUUUACAUGUUCGACGGUGAGACUGUACAUGUAUAUAUACGUAACACAUAGUCAUUUAUCAAUAUAUAGAGAUAUAAGUCGCGCAAGUUGUGUACCCUUUGCAUUUUAGAGAUGAGCUUAUUUUAAGUGGGGUGGGACAUCUCUUGCACACAUUCUGUAAUAACUUGAUUUUAAUUGUGAUUUGCACAUCGAUCGUGGGGGACGAGUGCGGUGGUCUCGUUUCUAUCGGCAGAACGUGACGGGGCCCCCCCAAACGCUCCCAUAUUGACCUUUGCUUGCGCCGUGACCUUUGCUCCUCCCGCUGCCCCUGACCUCUACAUAAACUCCAGGCGAAUUUGUAUUCUUAAUGGAGAGACUUUACCGACGCGUGCCCCAAGGAUCGGGAAUAUUUUGCUGGGUUUCGUUGUCGUCCAAUCAUGUGCUUAAUCGGUGACGUCACAUGGUGUACUCUCUGCUUUAGCGACACCCUAAAAAUUCACGUGCAGCUACAAUCUCACUUCUCUAGCCGGCUUCGGGAGGUCAGGGCGAUGCUGCAUCAUAGAGACAAACCAUUCGCGGUGAGCGCACUGCAAUGCAAGUUUUUUGACAUGACCUUGGUCUGACCCCAGGCUGACGUUUGACCCAUCAUGCUGUGAGCAGUACUGUCGGUGCUGCUGCUGCAUUGGAAUAUGUACAAAGUGUAACGAUGAUGGUCUAUUACUGUAGCGAGGUUUAUUUUAAUAGGUAACCAUUUAAUAUUUUCCUAACUUUUCGGCUGUUUCGUUGAUUGAGAACGGCCGUGCGUUUCGCUUGCGUAUAGAUGUUAUUCUUUAAAAUGUUAGCUGAUGGCUUCAUGUACGCCUACUUUAACGCCACUGCAAUAUUGAAGCACAGGUCGAAGUCCGCACACUGCUGCUACCCUCCCUGCACAGCGUGCCUCUCCAGCUCUAAAUACCAAGAUUCACCCUGAAGGAAUCGGUCCUCGAGUCCAUUUGAAUCCGGGCUUAAAUUGGAUUGAGCGCACAACUAGUAGUAGCCACGGCUAUGGCAAGAGCUAUACUGGAUGCGGUGUGCCGGGCGCGGAAAUAUUUUCCAGCUCGCAGUUCCAGACGGACCUAGCCACGAAAUUAAUCCCCGGUUUGAAUCGAUUACUGACAACAGGGUUGGGCGUCCUCAGGGUAAGCCGACUCGCCUUAGUGUGGGGUAAUGAUUGCUGAGUCAUUGGAUUGCCAUGCACCGUGGACAGUGCUGAUUGCUGCUGCUGGCAGCACGGCUGGGUUUGGGUCGGAGUUGUGUGGCAGCCGCUGUCAUGGUUCCGAUUAGCACGGUUGGCUACGUACGGUGCUGAAGAGGUUCAACGUACAUGUCGCACUGUGGCUCGACUCUGUUGCACAUAUCGCCUCUGAGCAACAGCCGAUGCUCAGCCGGCAACUAGUGACGUAGGGCCGGGUUCUACAAACUAUCCCAUAUUUAAACGAGCAGGUACUCAUGGGCCGAUGUCAUAUGUCACAAUAUCCCUUUAACUUCACGAGUGUCACGUGUACAGAUAAACUUCACCUUGCAUCGUGGCGCUGUGGACAGGAGUCCCACGAACGUGUUUAGCUCCCGUCUACCGCCUGCUCGUCUCUCUCUCUUACAUCUCACUAAUCUGUUGCUCUUUCUCAGCGGGUCGUAGCUUGACGGGCCACUCCGAGAACCUUGGCAAGCCACACGUCAUCCGCUGGCCACCAGAUAAGAACCCAGCCCCAGAGAAAAUGUUUUUCAGAAUGGGAGUCUGGGAUGGUUUUUUUGUGUAGGCAAGGUUGAACUUCCCACGAGGUCAGUGGUUCUUAACCUGGGGUGCGAGAUGCCCUUUUUGAGGGUGUGAGACAUGCCAGAUCUUUUUUAGAAGCUAAAUCAUGAAAACAAAUUAAGCACAGGCACCUAAGUACAAUUACUUUGUUUCAUCAAACCCUCUAUGUAUUUAUUAACGUAAAUAUUUUAACGAUUGAGAACCAAAGGGGGGGGGGGGAGGGUGCAAGGCUGCAGUUAAUGUUAAGAACCACUCCACUCGGUGGACGUGACCUCGCCUGACCUGCUGAGCGUCAGCGGCAGGGACCGGUGGCUCCACUCGCUCCUUGCUCGCGCCCCCUUCGGUGGUCGGAAGUUGUGGCCGGGAUGUGCCGUGCCCCUUGCGUGACAUCGCUCUGAACGCCCGAUACAAAAAGCGGUCAACAAGUGAAUGGGCCUUAAUUGCAGAGGGUGGGAGGGAGGAGCAAGCGGUUUUGGGAUGUGGAGCAUACCAACCAACCAGGUGGUGGCCCCUAACCCCAAGUCAUCACCAAUUAGCCAAACUACCGCGAGCACUCGCCCUCGGCGUUAAAAGCUACCUUGUUACCUGGCAUCCAGCAACUCCGUUUGGGCCACUUUCCAGUGUUUUGAUUGUCGCUCGUGGUGGCGAACGGGGAGGGCUCUGAGCGCGUCACCCGCGCGUUGCCGUGCGAGAGGCGCUGGGUGUGGAGGCCUCUUGUCAAAGGAACGCAUUUUUGCCCGCUUUCACAAAUGCUGCGGCGAUUCCACCGGGUGAGCUGGAUUUUCCAGUGACAAAGGCUACUGUAGUGUUGUGCCUAAAGUUCGUCCACAAUGCUUAAUUCUCAAGCACUAAAGCCCACGGAGCCGGGACAAAAUGUUGCUUGUUGGUACCACGUGGUAAAAGAAACUUCGUUUUUAUUCAUUCCCCAUAGAUCGAGAUUAUAAUUUGAGUGAAAUAACACAAUUCAUUCUUAUUGAGAAAAUUGGUCCCGCUAAGUUUGAUUAUUUUCCCCAACCCGCAGUAACCAGUUUGGUGAAUUAUAGUUAAAUAGCCCCUCCACGACCCGCAUGGCAUGGGAGAUAACCUCAUCCAUCAGUUGUUUUUUACAGGUGCUUGCACGUGCACAUGUGCAUGUGAGCGACGUUAUACAGAGGACGGUAAUCACCAACACUGAGGAUGACCUCCGUUCCGUAUUCGUAUGUAAACAAUAAAUGGCUCGUAAUUUGGCCUGUUGGCAUCGUUUGUUUUAGCAGUUUUGACCUUGCCGCGACCCAUAAGCUCGGUCACGGCUGCUACGGCCCGGCUGGUUUUCAGUUUGCCCGCUUUUCGUGUCUGGCGUCAGCUACUCAUUGGAACUUUCUUCCCUCCCCUUUGCUACUGAAUAUUGACGCUCUUUGAAGACUCCGCUCAUGCAUCUGUCUUGAUUGUCCUGGAGUGAUGUGACGCCAGUGAAUCGUCCUCGGGAGUAAAUGCGGUCACCGCAGCAGCAUCAUUCGCGAUGCUUAUGAAGGCCCGUGCCGGAAUCUGCGCUGUGUGAUGAUGUUGAUGAGAUGGGGAAAACAACGAAGGCUCAAACUUUGAUGAGUGGUUCUAUAACAAUUGUCUUGUACAAAUAUAAUAUACAUAUAAUUUUAUAAAGUAUCUCAUGAUUUGUUUUCUUCGAUAUAAAAAGCCUCCGCCUCCCCUUGUCCCCCCCCCCCUCUCCGCUAUUUAGGGAAAAGCUGUGAAUUUUAUAAAGUGGAGCGUCGUGCUGCAGGAGUGGAUCGUUGUGGAAAUGAACGUCUCACUUCUCGUUUGUAACACUUUGAAACGACAAUGGACAGGUUACCUCGCGGCGCCCAUUGCUGGGAUAAUAGUGUAAAUCUAUUUUUAUUCUCUCUAAAAGAUUACCUUUUUAGAACCUUUAUCCGAAAUAAAGAUAUCACAAUCGA